UAUUUAAAGAAAAUAAUUCAUUUACGUAAAAAAUAAAGAAAAUGGCAGCCGGAAAAGGAGGUAAAGGAGGUAAAGGUGGCAAAGUAGGCCAAGGCAAAUCCAAGAAAGCUUCAAAGAGCAGGUCCGUUAGAGCAGGUUUGCAAUUCCCAGUUGGAAGAAUCCACAGAAUGCUCAAAAAGAGAGUCAGUGCUACUCAGAGAGUAGGAGCUACUGCUGCAGUUUAUUCAGCUGCAAUUCUUGAGUAUCUCACUGCUGAGGUUCUUGAGUUGGCUGGAAAUGCAUCAAAGGAUUUGAGAGUAAAGAGAAUUACUCCAAGACAUCUCCAGUUGGCCAUCAGAGGAGAUGAAGAGCUUGACUCACUCAUCAAGGCUACAAUUGCUGGUGGUGGUGUGAUCCCACAUAUCCACAAGUCCUUGUUGACUAAGACAGGAAAGAAGUUUGACAACAUCCAGAAGAAGCUGUUCUAAAGAGCGAUAGAAUUCAGAGGAGAUCGGUGACUCAGGUUCCGUUAAGCAAUUUGAAUCAUAAAAAUUUCCAUACUCAGU